AUGUCCACCGACGACUAUACCAACUUCCCGCCAGGGACGCAUAUGCUGGAAGACCAAAGUAGCAAUGGAAAUGACAAGCAGGAAAUUGUUCUCAACCCUACACCUUCGGAUGACCCCGAUGACCCUUUGAACUGGUCCACCUUUAGAAAAACAGUGAACUUCGGACUCACCGGUACAUACGUCCUAUUUACCUUUGUCGUGCUUGAGAUUGGCUCCGUCGCACAACACACCUACAAAAAAGCCCUGCACUUGAGCUUCAAUGCCUUCAAUCAAAGCGCUGGUGCCUCAUACGGAAGUCUCGCGAUAGGAUGUCUUUUCCUCAUUCCCUGUGUGCACAAAUUUGGUCGACGACCUGUGUACCUUAUAAGUGCAGUGUUGCAAUUUGCCGCUGCAAUUUGGUAUGCGAAUUUUACAACCGCCGGCGAAAUGAUCGCCGUUGGUUUGCUGGCUGGUAUAGCAGGAUCAGCCUGCGAGGCCAUCGUGAUAAUUACCAUUGCCGACCUGUUCUUCGUGCAUCAGCACGCUCGUAUGAACGGUGUCUUCCUCUUUAUGCAGAGUCUAGGUACAUUGGGUGGUCCCAUCGCCGGGGGGUACAUUUUAAGUACUAUGAAGCCGUGGCGAUGGUUGUGGUGGAUAACCGCCAUCCUCGUGGGUUGCAAUCUGCUGCUGGUUCUAUUCUUCUUCGAGGAAUCCAAAUAUGUUCCGCGAUCCAAGUCAACUGGGAAUAAAAUCUCCAAGAGGAACGAGUAUCCAGAUGCCAAUGGCUUCUCAUCAUCUGAUAGUGGAGAGAAAUUCAACGACAGUAACGAGCCACCAUAUGACUCAACUGUGGAAUCCCAAACCUACCCUCGCAAAACAUAUCGUCAGCGCCUUGCACUGCUGACGAAGACCGAUGUCCCGAUCCUCCAGAGCUUUUAUCGACCUCUGAUCGCCCCUUUCCUGUUUCCUGCCGUUGCAUUCACUGCAAUCCAGUACGGCUUGAUCCAGACAUGGUUCUCUGCUACCACAGCAACUGGAACCAGUCGCUUACCUUACGCACCUUACAAUUUCCAACCGAAUGACAUUGGUCUAUUCAAUAUCGGAGGUUUCAUUGGUGUUUUACUCGCUGCAGGCACCGUACCUUUCCUGAGUGAUUGGCUUGUUGUUUGGCAGUCUCGCCGAAACAAAGGUGUCUUCGAACCGGAAAUGCGUUUGUGGCUGCUUUUCCCUGCUCUCCUCUUUAACUCUGUUGGCUCCUGGAUUUUUGGUAUUGGACUUACUCGGUAUUGGCCUUGGAUUAACCUUGCCGUCGGCAAUGCAGUUUUCGGCUUUGGAUUUAUGGUCACUGCCGAUAUCUGUCUGACAUACCUAACAGAUUGUUAUCCCCUAAUCCUCAAUGACGCCCUUAUCUCUGUGGUCUUAAUCCGCAACGGCCUCGCAAUGAUUGUUAGGUUUGCAUUGAGCGACUGGAUCAAAGGGAUGGGUAUCCAGAACACAUUCGUUCUCAUCGGAGUUAUCUCCCUUGCUUCUAUGAUCAUGCCGGCUUUACUUAUGGUCUAUGGUAAGCGUGCCAGAAUACACACUGCGCACAAGUAUUCGGAAUUUGCUGCCAAUCAGCAAGCUCAGAGACCAGAUCUUCAGCAGAGAUGUCGGACACAACAGAUAUCGUAA